UUGAUCUCCCGGGGUGACAUUGAUCAUUUGUCGUCGUAUCACAUAUAUGUAGAUACAACCGGCAACAAUGUAAAAUUGUUUCUGGGCGUAGCACUAUUCAUUUCUUGGAUCUUGACUAUAAUAAGUUCACGUCGUUGUUAGUUUGCAAUUGGCAUUGGGAAGAAGUUCUGUGGCUUUGAAAUUAACUAUAAUUUUUGUCCUAUUUUUAUAGUUUGUGUACUUUUGAUGGUAGAGGAAGAACAGAGAUUUAAGAAUAUCAAUCAAAAUGGGAAGAACGUACAAAAGACAAUUAGUUAGUAGAACGUAUGGCAAUUUUAAUGAAGAACAAGUUAAUCAGGCGUUGCACGAUGUAUUGAAAAAUGGAUUAUCGCUAAGAAAAGCCGCAAAAAAAUUCAAAUUGUCCUACGGGACUUUAAAUAACAAGUACCAUGGAAGGAAGAUUAAGAAAAUAGGUGGACAAUCUGUAUUCACAUUUAAAGAAGAAGUAGCCAUUAUAAAUAGCAUUUUAAAGUGUGCAGAUUGGGGAUAUCCUCUAAGUGCAAUGGAUUUGAGAAUAUUCGUCAAAAGGUUUUUGGCCUUAAAUCAGCAGGAUCGAGGAAGAUUUUCAAAAUAAUUGAAAAUUACAUAUCCACUGUUCCCUUCAAGGAAGUAGUUGCCUUACUACCAGAUCCGACCCUUGAGACGAUUUCUGAUAGGAUACAAAAAUAUCAUUCUCGCGGAGAAAUUAAUAUAAAAGAAU